AUGGCUGAUUUAAUUACAAAACAUAGCCGAUGUGCGUCGGCAUCCGUUGGAGUGCUACAUGAGCCUACACCUACUUCACCAUCAUUCACUGAUCCAGAAACAAGUGUAAUUUAUGCACCGGUUAAUGGUCAAUUAGAAUUGAAAUGUACAUUUAAUCCUAUUAAUGUUGAAAAUGAAACACGUUUCAACUGGUAUUUUGAUGGUAAAUUGUUAGAUAGAAAUAUAAAUACUGUUUAUCCAACUUUAAAUCAAAAAUUCUAUAGUACAGUAUCGAAAUCUGGAGAUACAGCUGUACUACAUUUGAAUGGUUUAAAUGAAAAUGAUUUUGGUACAUAUAUUUGUAAAGCUGUAUAUAUGUUGGGUACUAGUGAAAAAGAAUUUAUUGUAAAAAUGGCAGAUGCUCCUGUAUUUUUAGAAGUCCCUAUUCCAUUGUUGACUGUCAGGUUACACUCACGUUUUGAAUUGCCUUGUUACAUUGAUGCGUUACCACUUCCAACAAUAAUUUGGACUAGAGAUUCAAAACGAAUUGUUGAAUCACAUCGUACAAAAAUUGGUAAAGCUGAAAAACAAUCAAUCAAUAGAACACCUAGUAUAUCAAACGUUGAAUUUAGUAGAGAUGCAACGUUAUCAGUGGAAAAAUGUAUUUAUCAAGAUUCAGGCUUGUAUACUUUAACAGCUGAAAAUAUAGCUGGUCGAAUAAUGACUAGUUGUUUGGUUCAUGUUGAAGAAAAUCCAACCCCAACUAAUAUAACUUUGAGAUGGACAAAUAUUGAAAAUCAUUAUUUUGUACUAAGACGACUUCAAAGUGAUUCAUUUUCAGAAAUUCGUUUACUGAUUGAUAAAAAGACGAAUUGUGAAUAUAUUGGAAAAUUCUUUAAUUUAAAUAAUCUGACAAGUCGGAUAAAUGGUGCUCGUGAAAUGGAAUGUUUAACACGUUUAUGUCAUAAAAAUAUUUUACAAUUAAUUGAUGCAUUUAUUAGUGAUAAUAUUUUUAUUUUAGUUUAUGAAAAAUUGUCCGGUUCAAAUCUACUUGAUUCAGUUCUCGCAUGUGAAAAUUGGUCAGAAAUGGGAACAGCAGCUGUUGUUCGUUCAAUACUGGAGGCAUUAAAGCAUAUUCAUAAUCAAGGAGUAGUUCAUUAUGAUAUUCAACCUGACAAUCUACUUUUUGUAAAGAAAACAAUCGAUAACUAUGAUUCUGAAAACUCAUCCAACAAUCCCGAUUUACUACGAGCUCUGGCUUCUCUAGUAACCGAUGUAUUGAGUCAAACAGAUCGUCAUAAAAUGAAUGUUUUCAGUAAUUUACUUAAAGUUACGGGAUUUUCCACAGCACAAACGUAUAUUACUAAUUCCCAACAUUGUGUAACUUGUAUGCCUCCGUUAUGGUACAGGCCGGAAUAUGUUUCUCCAGAAAUUUUAUCACUAAUGAAACGAACUGAUGGAACAUUUUCUGAAACUAUUCACACCUAUUCUGAAAAUCUAGGUCCACCUUCAGAUAUAUGGAGUCUCGGAGUGUUAACGUAUAUCCUACUUGUUGGUUGGCCACCUUUUAUUGAUUAUGAUACAGGUAAUGUUCUAAGUGACAAUAUAUUACAAGCUGUUAUUCCAUUCGAUGUACCAGAAUUGGAAAAUAUUUCAAAUGAAGGCAAAGAUUUUAUUUCACAACUUUUGCAAGCUGACCCUAGAAAAAGACCUUCAGCUAAAGAAUGUUUAUCUCAUCCAUGGAUUCAAAUAUUUUCACAUUCUGAAAAUAAAUCAGAAUAUAUACUAAAAAAAUUAAAGAAAUAUAAAGAGUUCUAUGAUUCAGUACAUCCAGUUUACAUUAUUAGUGAUGAGAAAAAUUAUAAUUGUGAUUUGAAAAAUCGUUUAACUUCUAUGGUAAGGCAACCAACUCCAAGUGAAGAUACAGAAAGUGUACUUUUUUCAAUAUCAUCAUCAAUUCUUGGUUUACGAGAAAGUUCCGAGCCAUACAGUGAAUCUCAAUCACAAUUGCUUGAUCGAUAUGAAACACGUAAUUUUAUUGAUGAAAAAUUUAUAUUUCCACCAAACACUAAUAUUCCUACCGCAGCCGAUGCAUCAGAAAUAAUUGAGGAGACAUUUAAUUUACAAAGACAAAAUACUCUAACAGAAGCUACUUUGUUAGAGGAAUCAACUUAUACAUUAUUAAAAGAACAAGAAAAAUCAUCAGUGAAUCAUGGUCAAGAAAAUCAGACUACUUCAGUAAAACGUAAUGAAAUUGGAAAUAAAUUUAGUGCUCCAGUGUUUGCUAGUCCACUUCGAGAUGCAUAUUUCAGCGUCCAUACAAGGGAAGUAAGAUUUACUUGUCAACUUGCUAGUGCUCCCUACCUUCCAGAUGGUAUUAGUGAUUAUGAAGAAAUUAUCAGUGAAAUGUAUGCAAUCGGCUGGAACUUUAAUGAAAUCACUAGUUCUUCGGCUGCUGCCGCAUGGUACUUAGAUGGGUGUUUACUCUCCGAUGGUCCAGGUGUUAGUUUAGGUGUGGAACAAGGAGGAUGGUUAUGGCUUUGUUUAAGUGAUCUUCAUCCGGAACAAGAUCGCAGUGUUGUUGAAUGUGUGAUAAGAAAUCGUGCUGGAAAAUCAAGAACAAAAGCACGACUUUUAUUUAGUGAUAUGCCGAAACCGCCUGGUCGACCAGGUCUUAUCGAUAUUCGUCCUACAGAAGCACUGAUUAGUUGGCUCUCUUCAACAUCGAAUUCGAAUGAAGAUCUGAUUUAUCGCCUUGAUAUCAAAUAUUCAGACCGUGAUAAUGAACCACCUUCAUGGCAUCGGCUUGGAUUCACAGUAGACUGUCGUUAUCUUAUUAAUAAUCUUAAACCUGGUGUAUAUUAUCGUGUCCGUGUAUCCGCUAGAAAUGCAUUCGGUUGGGGCAAUUACAGCAUUGCAUCUUCUGGUUUCCGUACACCUAUCGUUUCUAUGGAUCAGUCAUCAACUAUUCUAUCGCCCAAUGAACGAAAAUGGAUCUUCAACUGGCGUCAAUCAGAAAAUAUCUACGCAUUAAGCGAUCAUCCAAUAGCUUUACAAUAUGCAAUCGAUCAGUCAAUCAAUGUACCUCCACCGUCAGACAAAAUUUUACAGAAACUUAAUCGAUAUAAUGGGAUAAUUCCAAGUUUAGAUGUAUUAAAAUCCAUAUGUAGACCAAUUUGUCUGAUCAAUAAGGGAACAUAUACAAAACUUAUUCUUGGAAAAACUCAUCCAAUGUUAAAUGAAGGAGCGAAUUUCAAUAAUGUUCGACAUCAAAACAUAUCUCUUCCACCUAGAUUAAUAAGUAAAAUCACAUAUCUUAAUUCAGAAGACAAUAAUCUACUGAAAAAAGCUCGUCGUGAAGCAUUAAUGCUUACUAUUCUUCAUGGAUCCUGUGGUGGAAUAUAUUCUUCAUUCGAAGAUUAUUAUAAUGAACAACAUAACUCAUAUCUUUUCACUAAUCAACGACAAUUAUUACCAUCUGGUUGGUCAACUGGUUGGUUAGAAGAUGAUGCAGUUAAACCGACACGAAGUGUAACAGUAAUGCAGUGGAUUCCUGGUGGACGUCUUAUUGAUGUUUUGUGCAGUCGAGUAGAAUAUACUGAAUUUUCUGUUAUGAUGUGGAGUCAACAGAUUCUAUCAGCGUUAAAAUGGUUCUACACAUGCUUUUUAGGACAAUCACACGGAAAUAUUUGUCCGGAACAUAUACUUGUUGCACGACGAGCAUCCUCGCUCCCAGAUAUUGUAUUGACUGGGUUCGGUCAUGAAUCUGAUUCAGAUGAAACCAAAAACUAUUUUUCAGUAACAGUUUUGAACAGAAAAACUAACUAUGUUGGGAAAAUGAAUGAACAUAUGUAUGAAAGAUUAAGGCAUAUAAUAAAAAUAUUUAUCUUUAGGAUUGUUUAUAUCUGUCUAACUUGUUUUGUUCUGUUGAGUUUGAUAAUUCAUUUUUCUUUAUUUUAUUAUAAACUGGCUCCCGAGUUACGCAAGAAUCAGCCAAAAUCAAUGGCGUCAGAUUUGUGGAGUAUUGGAGCUGUCAUGAGACUACUACUAACAGGUGAAAAUCCAAAUGAAAUCGAUGUUCAAAGGAAAAAUUCAACAUCUGAUGAAUCAAUAAAACACCAUUAUGAAAAAUCUGAGACUAAACAAUCUAAUAAAUUGUCAUCUACAAUGAAUUCUGAUAAUACUAUACCUACUUAUUCACAAAAUCAUUUAAAUAUUAAAAAAUUGAAAAGAUUUUCCAAGCCUGCAAGAAAAUUUAUAUACAAUUGUCUUAAUCCUUCCCCAAGGAAACGUGGAACAGUUGAUUUUUGGCUUAAUUCUAAUUGGUUCAAUUUAAAUGCUGACAAUGUGAAUAAUUUAACUUCAGUGAUCAUUCCCACAAAUUUACUAAGAUCAUGCAAAAUUGUUCUAGAUCGAAAAACAGAAUCAUAUAAUGACGAAACAGAAGAACUACAGUUAUCCUGA